AUGAGCAGCCGCGCGUUUUGGCACAACCUGCUGAAGUUGUCUGGUGAAUUGGCCAAAGUUGAGGACGCUGGGGCGUGCGUGGUGCCACUGGUGCGUGCUGCUGGCUUUGUGAAUGUGUCCAGUCGACGGGCGAUGUGGAACUGUUUGGCUGCUCAUGAGCGCCAGUUUCCUGUGGGAGGCGGCGUGGUACAUGCUCACCGUCGCCCUCAUCAUCACCGCGUCAGUGGCAAGAACGUGGCCCAGCUGCUGCUGGGAGUUGGUGAAAACAAGUCGGUGGUGAUCAUGCUGGUGCUGGGUGUGCUGGCUGGUUGUGGACAUGGUGCAGGAGGUACGGCAGUCAAGGCUGGUUGGAACAAUUUGGCUGGGUGGACGGCGUUCCGGUUGCUGCUGCUCAACGACAACACACUGUCGGCCAACGGCCUUGCUGCUCGUUGGUGGUGCUGGCUGCUGCGCAUCCUGUGUGUCAUCUCCAUGGUGCUGAACCGGCUGAUUGCGCUCACGUCGGACGGUGCAGACAUUGAGUUCCAGCUGCUACGUGGCUGA